AAUAUGGAUUAGCAACGUUUUAUCAGUGCAUUUACACAAUUACCGUACUUUUUUGAUUGAAUGAUCUUUAGAAGCACUAACACACGGGCUUCUUAAAUAGUACAGCGUCCGCUUAUACAAGGGCUCCUGAUGAAGGUGUGCAGGUAAUACUUUGAGAGCCCUGUAAGACGCCAUGUCUGAAGAGGCAAUUUCAGAAAGUGACCUGGAGGCCAGCCUUAACAGUGAAGAGGAGUAUUUGGAAAAUGAGGAAGAGGAAGACAAUGAAGACAUGGAGGAAGAUGAGGAUGAAAAUUAUGGAGAUGAUGAAGAUGACAGUGUUGAUCGACCUCCAAGUGCCCAGAGCCAGACAGAAACGGGUCAGGAUGACAGGGACUCCACCUCAGCUACCUCCGGAGAGCCUUCCUCUGAGCCUCCGUCUCGGCCUGCAUCCUGCCCUUCCUCCAGGGCCCCUUCAAGACCCAACUCUCGUUCUCAGCCUCCAAUGAGCCCAGAGAACUCGAGCCAGAGCAGGCCACCUUCCAGUAAAACAAAGAAACAGAAAGUCUCUAAACUGAACAAAUCCUCAAAGUCUCCCAAAGGCUCCAAACCUUCAAAGCCAUCUAAGCCUGCACACAUGAGGAAAAAUAUCAGGAAGCUGCUGAAAGAGGAUCAGCUGGAAGCUGGAACCAAGGCUGCUCAGCAGGAAGAGAUGGAGAGGCGGAAACGUCUGGAGCAGCAGAGGAAGGACUUUCCUACGCCAGCCCCAGCUGUCCCAGACUCUCAACUAGUGGAUCCUGCUUCAAUUUUAGGAGAAGUGUCUCACUUGGUCCCUGGUCUCCUGAGCAAGCAGGAUGUGAUCUGCCUGGACAGCAGUGGCGAAGAAGAUGAAAAAGCAGAACCUAUGUUGCCCGGACUUCCCAUUAGAGAUGAUGUAAUAGAGCUCAGUUCUGGGGACGAAGACGCCCUAGAGAUAAGCAGUGAGUCGGCUGAUGAGGAUCCUGAUGGUGCCCACGGCACAGAGGAGAGCAGUGGAGCACACAUCAACGAUGCUCUGAACAUGCCUGAUAGUCAAGGUCGAGUACUAGUUAAUAUCAAUCACCCUGCAGAGGAGAAAGACACUUUCCUCGCCCCACUGCUGGCCAGGGUUGUCAAACCUCAUCAGAUCGGGGGAAUCCGGUUUCUCUAUGAUAACCUCAUUGAGUCUCUGGAGCGGUAUAAAAUCAGCAGUGGCUUUGGCUGCGUCCUCGCUCACAGCAUGGGGCUGGGGAAAACAGUGCAAGUCAUUUCCUUUAUUGACAUCCUGCUGAGGAAUACUGAGGCCCACACUGUGCUUGCCAUUGUCCCUGUAAACACACUUCAGAACUGGCUGACAGAGUUUAACCUCUGGCUCCCAUCUCAAGAAGCCCUCUCCCCUGACACUCACCCCACUAUUGUCACUGGUCGCACAUUCAAAGUUCACAUUCUCAACGAUGAGCACAAAACAACGCUGGCCAGGGCCAAGGUUGUGGAGGACUGGUCCAGAGAUGGAGGCGUUUUGCUCAUGGGUUAUGAAAUGUAUCGGCUGCUGUCCAUGAAGAAGAGCUUUGUGAUGGGCAAGAAAAGGAAAUCAAAGAAGCCUGCUGGACCAAUCAUCAUUGACCUGGAUGAAGAAGAUAGACAGCAAGAACUCAUGAAAAAUAUCGAGAAAGCCAUAGCCCGGCCUGGCCCCGAUGUGGUGAUCUGUGAUGAGGGCCAUCGCAUUAAGAACUACCAUGCCAGCACAUCCCAGGCUCUAAAGAACAUCCGCUCCCGACGCAGGGUUGUUCUGACAGGUUAUCCCCUGCAGAACAACCUUAUUGAAUACUGGUGCAUGGUGGACUUUGUUAGGCCUGACUUUUUAGGCACACGCCAGGAGUUCAGCAACAUGUUUGAGCGUCCAAUUCUAAACGGUCAGUGUGUGGACAGCACACCUCAAGAUGUUCGCUUGAUGCGCUACCGCAGUCACGUGUUGCACAGCCUGUUGGAGGGUUUUGUCCAGAGACGAGGCCAUGAUGUGUUGCGAGACCAGGUUCCCAUCAAGGAGGAGCACGUGAUCCUGGUACGGCUCUCUCCCGUUCAGAGGGCACUCUAUACGGAGUUCAUGAAACGCUUUCGAGAAGCAGGAAACAGUGGCUGGCUGGGCCUCAAUCCACUCAAAGCCUUCUGUGUUUGCUGCAAGAUCUGGAAUCACCCAGAUGUGCUCUAUGAAGCCUUGCAGAAAGAGAAUCAGGUCAACGAGCAGGAUCUGGACCUUGAUGACAUCACUUCAGCUAGCAACCCUCGCUGCCCUGCACCCAGUGCUGGCCUCAAAUCCAAAGUAGCAGACUCAAGCAACAGUAAAGUCAACAGCACCCUGCCACCGCUCAACUCCUCUCAGGACAGAGCCAAUCAAGUCAUCACAUAUGAAUGGGCAAAGGACAUAAUGUCCAACUACCAGACAGGAGUUCUGGAGAAUUCUGCCAAGAUGGUUCUGCUCUUCCAUUUGAUUGAUGAGAGUGUCAGAAGAAGAGACAAGAUUUUGGUCUUUAGCCAAAGCUUGUCCACCCUGACGGUCAUUGAGGACUUCUUAUCAAAGAGACCCAUGCCGCAAGGCAUUGCCUCCACUGAUGGCCAGAGCCAAAACUGGGUUCGCAACCUCAAUUACUACAGAUUGGAUGGAAGUACAUCUGCCUCAGAAAGGGAGUGGCUUAUCAAUCAGUUUAAUGACCCAGAAAACAGCACAACAUGGGUCUUCCUGCUUUCUACCAGAGCGAGCUGUUUGGGGGUAAAUUUGAUUGGUGCCAAUCGUGUAGUUGUGUUUGAUGCAUCGUGGAAUCCCUGUCACGAUGCCCAGGCUGUGUGUAGGGUUUACCGAUAUGGUCAGAGAAAGCCCUGCUACAUUUACCGUCUUGUCUGUGACUUUACCUUGGAGAAAAAGAUCUAUGACAGACAAGUCUCCAAACAGGGCAUGUCGGACCGUGUGGUUGAUGACCUGAACCCAGUGCUGAACUUUACUCGUAAGGAGGUGGAGUCACUACUGCAUUUUGUAGAGGAGGAGCCUGAAGCUGAGAAAAUCCUUCUAGAAUCCCUGGGAGAAUACGAGACAGUGAUAUCUCAAGCUUGUCAGUUAUAUCCGCACCUCAUUACCAAGCCACCUUUCCACCACGAGUCUCUGCUGGUGGACCGGAAGGAGUCAAAACUGACCAAAGCAGAGAAGAGAGCUGCUAAGAAGAGCUAUGAGGAUGAGAAACGAGCCUCUGUGCCCUAUUCUCGUCCAUCAUAUGCCCCCUAUUACCCAACCAGUGAUUAUACACUCACAAACAUACCAGCAUUUAACCAACGUGGGUGGCGUCCCAUGACACGGCCAGAUGAUAAGCCCGUGGCAAGUGUCAGGCCAAUUCAAUCAACACCAAUACCCAUGAUGCCUCGCCAGGUAGGCAUGGGCAUGGUUGGCUCCAGCUCUCCCGGCAGUCUCCCUGUCAACUUUCUGCAGAAAGCCGGCGUUUACGUGCAGAGGAUUGUCACUACAACAGAUAUAGUAAUCCCAGGAGCCAACAGCUCGACAGAUGUUCAAGCUCGAAUUAGUGCGGGAGAGAGCAUUCAUGUUAUCAGAGGAUCCAAAGACACCCAGGGUUCAGGGAUCCGUCCAGCCAGUAAUGGCUGUUCUUCCCCUGUGGAUCAAAACCAGCGCUCCCCCAAUGGCGAACAGCGGUCCUCCUCUCCCUUAGGCACUGAGAUUCUCAGAGAGCUCAGCCGUUAUACUUCAUCCACAGGUGAUGCUGCUGCUGCAUCUGGAAUGGGGAAUGAUUUGGUGUCACCAUCAGACAUGUCAUCUGUGCCAACAGGAGAUGGAAGCACCUCACAAAACUACCAGGCCCGUGAUCUCAGUAGGCAACUCAAUGACGAGCUCUUGAGAUCAUCUUUAGAGAUGCAAGGCACCAAACGCAAGAGUACUGAAAACCAGGGCAACACACAAAUAGGAGGCAAACGUACUUCUGCUGCAGCUCAUUUCCCUGGACUAUCUAUGGGCUCUGGUGGGCUUAGUUUUCCUCCAGUGGGUCUGAACUCCUCCUCCCUACUUGGAAACCUUGGUCACAUUAGUCACCCGCUUCUAAUGGCUGGUAGUGGUGGAUCAUCAUUCCUACAAGCACCAGGACAAACACCGACUGACCUACAGACCAUAUUUCCCUCUGCAGGCCCAGACCUACUGAGACAACCUGCCACAGGGAAUGGGCACCUUCCCACCCCCUCCUCAUCCUCUCUGUCCACUGUUUUCUCCUCCGCCUCUACCACCAUUCCUAUGUCAUCGACGCCCUCAGCAGCAGCUUCUUCCUCCCUACCAUCAGGUUCUCUGCCUCCAUACUUGAUGAACCCCAACAUGGCUGGCCUGCUUUCAUCAAGUUUCCCCCUCAGCUACAGUCAGCCAUUGCUCUCUGAGCCGAGGAUGUUCUCCAGCUCUCUCCUCUCAGGGUCAGGGGGGUUUUCUUCACCCAACUCCAGCUCAGCUACAUCCAGCUUCCUGUCUCACUUCAACAAUCCCACUUCCAGCUUGUUGGGGGCAGCUCUGACCCAACCAGACAGACACCAGAGUACAGAGAAUGGCGGUGACAGUUCGGAUGAUGAUGUUAUAGAGGUGACAGGACAGUAGAAUCUCAAAGUCCUGGCAAGGCAGUUUCACAUACACACACACACACA